AUGAAUACCGUCAGAUUUAAUAAAUAUCUACCAGUAUUUUCACGUGAUUUUUCUUUGUUGGUCUGCUUCAUCCCCACGAAAAAGGUGGACUCUCAUAGAGCUCGGAGUGCAUUAGUUCACAAGUCAUCUGAAAUGCUUGAGACUACUAAUGAUGGUGUUCCUGCUAUGGACAUUCUGCUCUAUAUAAUUAAGUGGACAUAUAUGGAAAUGAUUAUUCUGCUCAUCAGUGUUGUCCGUGCACACUGCAACAGAAUUGGAACUGGUAGUGAAUAUAUGGUCAAUAUGUAACGCGCGUAUGGAUCUUUAUCGCGGAAGAAUAACAUAACUUCAAUUGUGGCACAUGCUGCUGUAACGUACAAGCGGCUGAAUUCUUACUCGUCUGUGAGAUACGUGUCACGAAUCCCGGGAGCGGGGUCGUUUCUUCUAGCUCCUGUUUCUAAGCU